AGAUAAAGAGAGAGAGAGAGAGAGAGAGAGAGAGAGAGAGAGAACAAGACCGGGAAGCAGGAGUUUUUCUUGCUGUCUUUUUUUUUUCUUUUCUACCCUGGCCAAACUUGAAGAAGACGUGUUUUCCAGGCGGUGUUAUAUGCUUCCCAGUGCUGAAGUGCUGCGUUUCAGGUGAUAGUGAGCAGAGGUGCUGAGAAUGAUGGACCAUCUCAGCGAGGCGUGUUUGGGCAAGGAGAACGCUGACCUGAUCAACAGCAUGGCAGAGGCCAAGGCCCCGCCGGCCAAGCUGCCCCGGCUGGAGCAGAACGGCAGCCCCCUGGGCCGGGCCAGACUGGGCAGCACCGGGGCCAAACUAGCCGGAGUCCCGUACAAACCCACCGGCCACCUGCUGAAGACCUGCCACAAGAGAGGCAACAUGCUGCCUGUUUUCUGUGUGGUGGAGCACUACGAGAAUCCCAUGGAUUUUGACAGCAAGGAGGAGCACGCCGAGUUCGUCCUGGUGCGUAAGGACAUGCUCUUCAACCAGCUCAUCGAGAUGGCCCUGCUGUCGCUGGGCUACUCUCACAGCUCAGCGGCCCAGGCCAAAGGUAUGAUUCAGGUGGGGAAGUGGAACCCCGUUCCCCUGUCAUAUGUGACAGACGCACCGGAUGCUACGGUGGCCGACAUGCUGCAGGACGUCUACCACGUGGUCACGCUUAAGAUCCAGCUGCACAGUUGUCCUAAGCUGGAGGACCUGCCGCCUGAGCAAUGGAGCCACUCUACAGUAAGAAACGCCCUCAAGGAGUUACUCAAAGACAUGAAUCAGAGCUCUCUGGCUAAAGAAUGUCCCUUAUCACAGGUGCUGAAGCCCAGCAACAGCUGCCUGUUUUCUUUCUGUGUGGUGGAGGCACUACGAGAAUCCCAUGGAUUUGACAGCAAGGAAGGAGCACGCGAGUUCGUCCUGGUGCGUAAGGACAUGCUCUUCAACCAGCUCAUCGAGAUGGCCCUGCUGUCGCUGGGCUACUCUCACAGCUCAGCGGCCCAGGCCAAAGCUCUGUCUUUCAUGGCCCUCUGCUGGAGUGUUUCAAACAUGGGAGUCACUCGCUUCCUCCCAAGGGGCUGGCUCUGUGAGCUGCUGCGUUGGAAGGAGGAUCCCUCUCCGGAGAACAGGACGCUCUGGGAGAACCUCUCCAUGAUCCGCCGCUUCCUGAGCCUCUGCCAGGUGGAACGUGACGCCAUCUACGAGCAGGAGAGCAGCGCCGGGCAGCAGCAGCACCACAACGAGCGGCCGAUGCACUUGACGCACAUCUCCAAUGACCAGCUACAGGCUCAGCCACCCCAGUCACAGCAUCAGCAUCAGCAUCAGCACCAGCACCAGUCCUCCCUGUCCAUGCAGCACCCCUGCCAACCCCUUUUGUCCCAGCAGCCCUUGCAGCAACUGCAGCCCUGCACAGGCCCCCGGUUGCCGCCGCGCCAGCCCUCCACCGCCUCUCCAGCCGAGAUGGAGGACGAGGUCGGCCGCGGAGGGAGCAUCAAGUCCCGCACGUGCGGUGGGAAGAUCUCCCUGGAGGCUCUGGGCAUCCUGCAGAGCUUCAUCCAGGACGUAGGCCUGUACCCCGACGAGGAGGCCAUCCACACACUGUCGGCCCAGCUGGACCUGCCCAAGCUCACCAUCAUCAAGUUCUUCCAGAACCAGCGCUUCUACAUCAAUCACCCAGCCAAGGCGCCCAAGGAGCCCGGUAACAACAUGAACAGCACCACCACCAACACCAGCAGCAGCAGCAGCAGCAGCCCGGCCUUCGAGGAGGAUUUGACGGACUUCAGGGAGAGCAGAGAGCUGCUGAAUGAGCUGGAUGACAGCACGCAGACCAACAGCACCAUCUUCUCCAUCAAGAUUGAAGAGCAGCUGGCCCGAGGCGCAGAGGCCCAGUCAGAGUCAGAGCACGAGGCCAAGGAGUGAACUCUCCCCCGUCUGAACAUAUACUGAGAGUUUUCUUGUGCACACACAGACUGAUGACUGUGCUAAAUGUAACGCUCCGGCAGACACAGAACCACCGCACUGCAAAUAAAGAAAAGUAGUGUUUUUAAAUCAGUGCAGCGUCUGGACUAUAUGAGGAGUGUUUAUAUAUAUAUAUAUAUAUAUAUAUCAGCUGCAGACUGACUGUGAAGUGAGCGUUCACACACUGGAAAGCCCAUUUCAGACUCAAGUACUACUUUUUGGAUUUUGUAAAACUUGUAUUAUUCACUGUAAAGACUGAUGCAUCAUUUAAAUAAUCUGCACAAAAAAAUAUUCUAAGUAUGUUGCCGUGGAUAUUUGCUGACUGCACUCUAUGUCUGUUGUUUUACACUGACUUACUUUAUCUUUUUGAGCUACUGAUUAUAUUUAAAAAGAAAAAAAAAAGUCCCCCUGGAGUUUGCUAGGACUUUGAUAGGUGUUUACGUAUGUGAUGUUUAACUGGAUUUUUUCUUUUUUUUUUGAAAUAGCAAAUGAAAUCAAGGACCAAGAGGUUGACAAGGCCUUAAUUAUGAGGUAUCAAGUCUGGAGCCUGCUGGCAGAUUAGUUAUUCUUUUAAAAAGCGCAUAAUGUGAUUAUGAAUCACUCCAAACUCUGGAACGCGAUCACCCAGCCCAGGUGAAUCUCCGAGAAUAGCUCAGUCUUUACAUAUUAUUUGUUAGGGAGGAAAUAUAAAUAUAUAUAUAUAGACAUUAUAUUGUAACUGUAAAAAAAAAAAAAAAAAAAAAAAAAAAUACAGUCUUAAA